AUGGCUCUUCUGAGUCGAACCUCCUCACGCUUCCCACAACUGGUGUCACCUCAACGGGUGGUUUCCCUUCACACAACCCUCCCUUCCCUCUCUACACCCACACCUACACCCUAUGCUCCGCCACCACCCCCUUCGGCUUCCUCCCCCACCGGCGUCCCCAAGGCGGUGGAGUACGUGAUCUCCAAGGUUGACAGUCUCAUGAACUGGGCUCGCACUGGCUCCAUCUGGCCCAUGACCUUCGGCCUCGCCUGCUGCGCCGUUGAAAUGAUGCACACCGGUGCCGCCCGCUACGAUCUUGAUCGCUUUGGCAUCAUUUUCAGGCCUAGCCCUCGCCAGUCUGACUGCAUGAUCGUCGCCGGCACUCUCACCAACAAGAUGGCCCCGGCUCUUCGCAAAUUUACCGCAAAGGUUAUGGGUUUAAGCUCUAUGGCACUUGUUGAGAUUUUUACUGUUAAGUAUUUUGGUUUGCUUGGCUGGGUGAAGUCUUGUGUUUUAAAUGGGGACCUAUGGUUGUGA